UUCAUUCACCCACGCCUGGAAUAUCUUAAUUGCAGCUGCUCACCGGAGCGUCCCUUGCCCAGGAUCCGGCCCACACGAUUACCCUCCCGCUACCGUCGCGUAUCCUCCGCCACCCGAACAAGCAGUGUUCAAAUUACUAAAAGCAUCCGCUCGUCAAGCGGGCCUUCGCCGCUGAAGAAAAUGCCUCCCCCACAAGACGCGCCCUCUUACACAAUACACCCGCUCGCCACCCUCUCGCCGCCCUCCAAUUCUCGAACAUGGCAGACCGCGCCCCACCCAACGCAGCCUAUCGUCGCGACAGCAUGUUCCGACCGCAGCGUGCGCGUGUACAGCCUGACGUCCUUCACGCUCCUACAUUCGAUCACCGGCGGACAUAAGCGAAGCGUGCGGUCCGUGAGCUGGAAGCCCGGCACCAAGGGACAAAGCGUGCUAGCCACAGGGAGCUUUGACACGAGCGCGGGCAUAUGGCGGCGCGAGGAACGCGGCGCGCUGGAAGACGAUUUCACCAGGCGGAGGAGAGAGGAGGACGAUGAGGAGGAAGAAGACGACGAUUAUCAGUUCGCGUGUAUACUGGAUGGGCAUGAGAGCGAGAUCAAGAGUUUGAGCUGGAACCCCAGCGGACAGUAUCUGGCGACUUGUGGUAGGGACAAAAGCGUGUGGAUAUGGGAGGAGCUGGAGGAUGAUAAUUUCGAGACGGUGGCCGUGCUGCAGGAGCAUGAUGGGGAUGUAAAGUGUGUGGCAUGGCAUCCGGAGGAGGAUUUGCUGGCCAGCGCGAGCUAUGAUGAUACCGUACGGUUGUACAGAGAGGAUGCGGAUGAUUGGGUGCAGGUCGCGCUCAUCAAUGGGCAUGAUAAGACGGUGUGGUGGGUCGAGUUUGAAGGGAGUGGGAUGAGUGGGAAGGAUUUCCGAAAGCAGAGAGAGGGGUUGAGCGAGGAGCAGACACAGCACAUUGAACUCAUGGAGCGCUCAGGGCCGAGACUGGCGACUUGUUCGGAUGAUUGCUCGAUACGAAUAUGGAGAAGGAAGCCGAAGGAACACGGAGAUCAUGCGGAUUCACAUACGGGCAUACCCAGCAUCAUACGCUCCAUGGCCAUCGACGAAGAUUGGCUCGAAGACGCGAUCCUCCCGCAACGGCACGACAGAGCUAUUUACUCACUUUCCUGGAGUCGCAGGACGGGUAUGAUAGUCAGCGCAGGCAGCGACGGUAAAAUAGUCGUGUACAAAGAGAGAUGGAAGUCCCCGAUGACGAACGGUGUUAGGGCAGACGGAGAAGCCAAAGCGGAUCCGAAUGCUAUGGAAGAAGAGCAGGAACCGUCAUUGGCCGAGUGGGUGGUCGCUGCUGAACUUUAUUCGGCGCAUGAUGUCUUUGAGAUCAAUCAUGUUUGCUGGGCGAGGCGAGCGGACAAGGGGAGCAGAUGGGAGGAUGAGGAGGUUAUUGUUAGUACGGGGGAUGAUGGAGAGGUGAAGCUCUGGACGCUAGAUGAGAGGAGCGCGUCAACAUGACUUUAGAUAGACAGAUGCAUCGUGUCAACAUCAGGAUGCAGUAGACGAACAGGGCAUUGUCGGAUGAUAGUCGUUGUAUUAUCUAACCACCUCCAAGUCCAUUGCGAACGAUGCCUCUUCCGGCGGUGGCUGGUGCGACUUGUGCUGCUACACAUCUUCCAGGGACUCCCUGGCGGAACAAGAAAUCAUCAGGAAAUUAGCGAAAGGGGUGAUCCAGGUGAAUCAACGGUGAGAUGGCUGCACGUGCAAGCGGUGGUGUUCGCUCCGGGGAAGGGGGCAUGACGGCACCUGCAUCAGCCACAAAGUGGCCCUAUGUCAUGGCUGGGCAUGGCUCAAAACAGGAAU